AUGGAUGAUUUUAGUGUUUAUGGUUCUGACUUUGAUGUAUGUUUGCAUAAUCUCUCUAAAGUUCUGAAACAUUGUUAUGAGGUUAAUCUAGUUCUUAAUUGGGAAAAGUGCCACUUCAUGGUGAAUGACGGAGUGGUACUUGGACACCUCAUAUCUGAGCGUGGCAUCCAGGUGGACAGAGCAAAAAUUGAGGUGAUUGAGAAACUUCCUCCUCCUGUGAAUGUCAAGGCAGUGAGGAGUUUUCUGGGUCAGGCGGGUUUCUAUCGCAGAUUUAUAAAAGACUUUUCAAAAAUUGCGAAAUCCCUUACUCAAUUGUUGCUCAAGGAUGCCACUUUUAAUUUUACUGAUGCGUGUGUGGAGCCUUUUGACAGGAUUAAGGAAGCAUUGAUCACUGCCCCUAUCAUACAACCUCCAGACUGGAGUCUCCCUUUCGAGAUCAUGUGUGAUGCUAGUGAUUAUGCAGUUGGUGCUGUGCUUGGUCAACGGAAAAACAAAGUCCUCCAUGCCAUCUACUAUGCCAGUAAGACCUUAGAUGAAGCCCAGGUCAACUAUGCUACUACAGAGAAAGAGUUGUUGGCCAUUGUUUAUGCUCUUAACAAGUUUCGGAGCUACCUCAUAGGUUCGAAAGUGAUUGUCCAUACUGACCAUGUUGUGCUGAAGUAUCUCUUGGCCAAGAAAGAGGCCAAACCACGACUUAUACGAUGGAUACUCUUACUACAAGAGUUUGAUCUGGAGAUCCGUGACAAGAAGGGUGCUGAGAAUGUCGUUGCAGAUCAUCUCUCCCGGUUGAGGUUUGAGUCAAGUGCUGACGGUCCCAUUGAUGAUGCUUUUCCAGAUGACCAUCUUUUUGCUGUGUCUACUCAAUCUCCAUGGUAUAUCUUGGUUGCUGUGGAUUAUGUGACUAAGUGGGUUGAAGUUGUGGCUUCCAUUACCAAUGAUUCUAAGAGAACCUUCAAAGCUUUACUGAAGAGAUAUGGAGUCACUCAUAAAGUUGGUUUAGCUUAUCAUCCCCAGACUAGUGGUCAAGUUGAAGUCUCCAAUCGUCAGAUCAAGUGCAUCUUGGAGAAGGUAGUCAACAGGUCAAGGAAGGAUUGGUCACAAAAAUUGGAUGACACUAUGUGGGCUCUACGAACUGCUUUUAAGACACCUCUAGGAAUCACCCCAUAUCGAUUAGUCUAUGCUUGCACAGUUACAGAAAUUAACCUGGAUUUGGAGGCUGCAGGGGAGGCAAGACUUCUUCAACUAAAUGAGUUAGAUGAACUUCGACUGGAAGCAUAUGAAAACCACAAACAUUACAAGGAGCAAACAAAGAGAUUUCAUGACAAGAUGAUUGUGAAGUGGGAGUUUCAUGUUGGUGACAAAGUUCUAUUAUAUAACACUAGACUACGGCUCUUUCCUGGAAAGCUUAAGUCAAAAUGGUCUGGACCUUUUGUUGUCACUAACGUGAAAGCACAUGGAGCUAUUGAAGUGGCCAAUGCAGCUGGGACGAAGUUUAAAGUGAAUGGGCAGCGACUGAAACUGUACCAUGAGGGAGCCUUCAUCGGCCAAGUAGAGCUAAAACGGACUGCAACUAGUUUGCCUGCCACAUUUGAGGAUGGUAGUGUUAGGGGGCAACCUAUUAUUUUAGGUGGCCUUAUUACUGCUAUAGCUGUUCAUUUUGGUUAUGUGCCUGACAUCAACAAUGCAGUAGCUGGCCCUGCACAGAUUGGCAUCGAUUAUAUGAUCAAUGCCAAGUGGAUAACUGCCCAAUCGGCCAAUAAGUUUAGGUGGUACAUUGCCAAGAAGGAGUCCAUCCUUCUUCCUGGCCGAUCCCAGACCCGCCUUGAGCCUGGUGUAGGUUCAUACCUACUUCCUUUACGAGCUCAGGAGCCCAUUGCCAGACGACCUUUGAGGACCUACCAUAGACAGUCCGCUGGGGAAGCCUCUUCCUCCGCUCCUGUAGACCCUAUGAUGGCCGCCCUUACCCGCAUUGAGCAGGGACAACAGUCUGUUACCUCAUAG